CAGGAGGCCUGAGGCUGCACUACCACUGAACCGAGGCUGGGAGAGCAACUUGUCUUUUGCAAUCCUUGCUGGUCUGACAAGCUCCCGUGGAGUUACAUCACUUCCUAAAAAACAGGCAAACACCUCUUCUUCGAGUCGGCACCGACCUGAACAGGCAGGAAACAGGAAACUCGCGUUUCAGGGAGACCGAGGCCCCGCGCAGCAUCUUGAGCGCACCCUGCCUGACAUGAGAUCUCGCCGCGCCGCCCUGGUCCUCGCCCUGCUGGCCACGCUCGCUCCUGCCGGCCACGGUGAUUAUGAGGAAGCAGAGCAGUCGGGAGACAUGGUCGGGGAAGACGCAGCAAUGGAAGAUGCUCCCCUGAGUACCUUUGAUGCAGUGACUCUGGAGCCGCCCACCCCGGAUGCCAACUUCACCCACAUGGCUGAGGAUGCAAUGCAGUUGCAACUAAUAUUAAUGGCCGCGAUCCCGUUGGCUUUAUUGGUCCUGCUAGUGUUGAUAGUGGUACCCUUUGCAAUAUACCGUAAAAGAAAAAGAGCUAAGCAAGAGCCUUCUAGCCAAGGAUCUCAGAACGCGUUACAGACGUGUGAACUGGGAGGUGACAACAUGAAAGUCCCUAUUUUUGAAGAAGACACGCCCUCUGUUAUGGAAAUAGAGAUGGAAGAGCUUGACAAAUGGAUGAGCAGCAUGAAUAGAAACGCUGAUCAUGAGUGUUUACCUACUUUAAAGGAAGAAAAGGAAUCCAGCCACAGCCCGAGUGACCAUGAACCCUAACGCUGAGCAGGCCUCUGUUUUCCAAGAGGAGCAGCCUUGCUGAAUGAACCUACCCAGCCUGCCGGAGGACGGUGAAGACGACACGGCUUAAUGAAUUUCAAACCCACGGAGACGCAACAACCUUUUGCUGUUUUUCCCAAUGCCUGCUCUUCUUAAUGGUGGCUUUACCUGCACUCGGAAGAACAGGCCUUUGAGCCCCAGGAAAAGCCCUGGCGGCCGUGCCUCUCUGCCUCUGCGGAUGGAGCAACGUGCGACGCGCUCCGCUCUGACCCUGGGACAUUCCCUGCUCUGGGCUAACUCCUGGCUGAUGGUACUUGCUCUCCCGUCCCCACCACCUUUUGGCUUCAUUCCUUAGGGUUUAAGUCAGGAGGUUGUUUUCACCCAUGGUUUUCUUCUGGCUCACUCUGGUUAAGUGCUUGUGGUGAUCAAGUUCACCAGCAGGUCAACGACCCGGAACAGAAGCUUUUUUCUAGAGAGUGCUAUCGUGAGAAUGAUCGUGAGCCUCAUCCUGGGGGUUGGUGGGCUGGUUUACGUCCACCAAGAAGACGUGGGGAGAGAACCCCGCCUUCUCCUCCCCUACCCAGCAGCGAUGAGGA